AUGCCCGUGGACCUGGCCGUGCGGCUCUGCCUGAGCCGUUCGCCCCCCAUCCGCAAGCUGCUGAACUCCUACGAGGAGCUGCGGGGCAGCCGAGGCCGCAAACCCCUCCGAUCCUGUCUCAACCAGAAGCUGAGCGCAGAACCCGAGCCAGAGCGGCGAGACAAGGGCUCCAAGGGCCAGAAGAAGAAGCAGGUUGUGUUUGCUGAUAUGAAAGGGCUGUCACUGACGGCUGUCCGCUUCUUCUCAAAGAUUGAGGAGGACCUCUGCGAUUUGCAGCAUGCCCUGUCAGACCUGGCCUGUUUCCGACCGAGGGAAGCGUGCAGGUACGUGCUGGACUUCCCACAGCCCUCUGCAAACUACGUGGCUUUCCGCAACAGCCUGCACAGCAACUUUGUCUGCCUGGAGAGCUGUCUGAUCCAGGGCCGCGCUCUGUCGGGGACAGUGAAGGUUAGGAACAUCGAGUACGAGAAGAAAGUGAUGGUCCGCAUCACCUUUGAUGGCUGGAAGAGCUUCCGGGACAUCCCUUGCCAGUACAUGCACAGCACCUACGGCUCAGCUGACACGGACAUCUUCUCUUUUGAGCUCACCCUGCCCAAGCCAUCCAUCUCCCACAGGGGCGCAGAGUUCUGCAUCUCCUUCCAGUGUGGACAAAAGACCCACUGGGACAACAACCAUGGCAAGAACUACAAGAUCUGCCUCGUGGGCACGAUCCACUCUGCCUCGUGUGCUGUGAAGAGUGCCAGCAGGGCCUGGGAGCACCUUGGCACCUCUGGGGCUGCUGCUCUGGUCCUUUCCCACCUGCAGACCUGGCGGCAGUCAGAGACACGGGCUCCUUAUUGGUAGUGUGGGGAGACUGUAGGUGCCCUCCCUGUCCCGAUCUCUGGGGAGGGCUCAGCUGCAGAAGAUGCUGCUCACGGUGUUGUUAGCUCCUUCACUGCCUGCUGCUCCACGAGCAGCUGCCAGUCGCUGCAGAAGCUUCUUCACUACAGAGGCUGGAAGCUGCUGCUUGAAAUAAAUCCUGCGAUAGGAUCUCAGGGCAACACGGGAGCGGGGCAGGCUGCAGGCCGGCGCUGCCCAAGUGCCUUGUGUGGAGGCGCGGCAGCUGGGGCCUCCCGAGAGGGGCUCACCGGGCCAGGAGCGGCGGGGCGCCUCGGGCGGUUGGUGCUGUACCGGGGAGUUAAUAAAGUGACGGCGUUUCGCGA